CUUCCUCCCUCCUCCCUCCUCCCUCCCGUCUUAAAUCUCUGUCUCCGUUUACCUAGAGAGAGAAAAUCUUAGAGAGAGAGAGAGAUUUGAGACUUCCGCACUGCAAUGGCGUUCCUGUCCUUCCUCGGGAGACUCCUCUUCGUCUCGGUCUUCAUUCUCUCUGCGUACCAAGAGUUUAACGAAUUUGGUGUUGAUGGUGGGGCAGCAGCCAAUGCAUUGGGACCCAAGUUCAAUGUUUUCUCAAAGCAUGUUACAACACACACUGGCCUUCAAGUUCCUCAUAUUGAGAUGAAGCAUCUAGUUCUGGGUACUAUCAUUAUGAGAGGGCUUGGAAGCUUUCUAUUUGUCUUUGGCAGCUCUCUUGGUGCUUAUAUACUGCUUUUGCAUCAGGCGAUUGUUACCCCAAUCCUGUAUGAUUUCUACAACUAUGAUGCUGAUAAGAUGGAAUUUGUUCAACUUUUUGUUAAAUUUACACAGGGUCUGCAACUAAUUGGAGCAUUGCUCUUUUUCGUUGGCAUGAAGAAUUCAAUGCCGAGGAGACCAACAAAGAAGGCUGCCAAAACAAAAACCAAUUGAGAAGGGGUGACAUGGUUUCAGUUUUGAUGCACAUCGUUUACAAACUCGAUUGUUGUUAGUUUUCCGGUGGCCUGGUGUGGCCUUACAACAUCCUGUUCUUUUGAUUUAAUCUCUGUUCUAGUUGAACUUUUAACCUUAUUUUGAUGGAACCCUAAAUUUUGAAAGUUACUUGUAGUAAUUUAUACUUGGAACAGCAAUGUUGAAUUGACGCACUUGUGCGAAUUAAUUAACCUUUAGACUUUAGAGGUAA